AUGCACGUGCCGAGCGACGCGUUUCAGGGACGGUCGCCGGAGAUCGCGGCGAGGGACGCGCUCGGGAGGCUGUUCACGGCGGUGGCGGCGCGCGCGACGCUGGCGGAGACGCUCGAGCGCGAGGGCGCGGAGAGCGAGACGUAUCUGGCGUUGAAAGCGUACGUGGACGCGCAUCCGAUCGGGAGGGACGGGAACGAUUGGUUGCGGGGACUGAUGGCGCGCGACGACGCGGGGAGUCGCGCGGCGGGGUUGCGCGUGUUGGAGGCGCGAGAGACGUACGCGAACGAGGUGUUUUCGUUCGAGGAGGUGCGGGAGAUGGUGGAGAAGGCGGUGACGGAGGAAAACGAUAAGUUGAUGGCGGAUUACGUGAAGAGAAUGCUGCCGAAAAUGUAA